UCUCCUUUAAAUGUAUGUCGCCCACCUGGUCCAAAGCUCUCAGUCGUUGGUUUUCUAAACACUGACAAUCAAGCAGCUGUGUUCUUGCUGAAGUGUGUAUUCUCCACCUAAAAAUAACAAUGACAGCUACUACUGGCAUGGAAGAUGAAAAAUGGAGUGACAAGAUGGAAGGAGAUGGUGGUUUGAGGACUUUGGAGUGCCUCAGAGGGAGACUGCUGGCGGAGAGGCAAGCUUCAAGGGUUGCAAAAGAGGAUGCAGAACUAAUUGGCAAGAAGUUAAUAGAACUACAGAAGCAGCUCAAAGAAGAGAUCAAACUAAAGGAAAAAGCAGAAAAGAAGCUCAAUUGUUUGAAGAAAAAGCUUGAAUCUUUGAAUAAUUCCUCCAAAAAUAGUGAAAAAUCUUAUACACAAUCCACUACCACUUCAUCAGGAUCCAAUCAUCCAGAAACCCAUGAAGCCAAAUCCAAAGUUGCAGAGUCAGAAAUCCCAGAGGAAUCAAGACAAAAUGCAGCAGACUCCACCACAUCUGAGCAAAGCCAUGAAAGCACUUUCACUGAUGAAAACACUUCUUCUCAAAGCACUUCUGGUUCCAGUUCUAGUUCCAGCAUAGAAUGUUCUUCUUCCCCAAAAGGGUUCUGCCACAACCCAAGUCAUAAAUCUGAAGAUCCAAAGAUUGAAGAUAGUAAUAGUUGUUCAACCUUAACAGAGAUUGAAAAUGGUGAUUUGGGGGGGUUAUUAUGUUGAUAACACACUUGCAUUAGUACCUGUGAAUAUGCCUGCCACCUGUCACACCAGCACUGAAUUGAAGCCAGUUGGUGAAAAUCUUAGGCAAGUUCUUGAUGCCCUAAGGAACACCAGAGAAAAUCUUCAAAGAUCCAUGGAGAAGAGGCAUAUGAUUUGAUUUGGUCCGUUUGAUCACCUAUCUCAAACAUGCAAAUAGUGAUCAUUAAUGCUCAUGUGACAUCCUAUGGAGAUGAAAUAAUUAGUACUCGUUAUUCUUAUCGUUUGAAUGGGAUCAAAUGGCUCAAAAUAUCGGAGUAUGAAGUAUUUAAGCGUGCUGAAGAAAAAGAAGUUGAUAAAUUACUAGUCAUAUGUAUUUUUGGAUGGAUUAAUAUCUGUGGAUGUGGGUAAUAAAGUUGUUACAUGUGGUACAUUCACUCAUAGAGGGCAUGUGAAUUGUGGGGUUUGUUGCAACAUUGAUGCUCUGAUUUGGACCCCGACUUCUUGGCCACAUUCUUCUUUUGGUUUUCUCUACUUUAUAUUGUAGCAAUCUCUUGAGUGGAAUUGAGUUUUAGCAGGUGGUCGGCUCUGGCAGCUUGAUUCUUGUGACCUGUAUAUUAAA